AUGCGGGGGCUUCUAGAAGCACCACUUGAUCAGGCUUGGCUAGCAAACUUGGCCAGAUCACUGGAGCGUCGGCUACAUUUUUGGACCUCAGAGCUCGAAGAAACUUGGGCAGCAUGGCAUGACGCCACUGCGUGUAUGCACAAUGCCGGGCAGGACGCCAUGGGUGUUUGGCGGGAAAUUGCAGAAGUUCUGGAGUCAGCUUGCCAGCACUUUGAGACACAAGAAGGAGAGCGGCUGGUGAAGAAACCUGAGUUGCAGAGUGCACUCGUUGCCUUUGCAGCAAGGAGUUUGGAGGUGGAGCUGGUCAACUCGCUUGGUCUCAGCGGCCUGCAUGAUGGGGACGCCUCGAAUCCACAAAAUCAAUUUUGUGUGGAGAGCCGCCUGAACAUGCUUACGGCCGUGCUAGACCUCCUGUCGCAUUUGGGCGCUUUAGAUAGAGUCGGUGAGGAGCUUUUGUCUACAAGCUCCACACCAAAGCCGGAGAGUGCUGUGGCAAUGCCAACACCCACUAGCCGGGCAGCUGUCCAGAUGGCGCACCGCUUGGAAGUUCUUCCGCUGGCAAGGCCUAGUUUGGAAGUCACUUCUGAGGGCCUGGAA